UCUGCUGGAAUUCCUUAACAUCUCCUUGUCCCUUGGUUGCAGAGAUCGGAGAUGACCAAGACUUGUGCCAAGCCCAAGGAGAUGGCAGAGCUCGUGAGCACCCAAGCCUGGCUGGAUGAGACCUUGAGCUCCAAGGACGAGCUGAAGGAAGAGGAGGGGGGACGAGGCCCCUUCGGGUUGAUGUCUGGCUUGAACGAAGAGCGUGACAGCAUCGAGGAGGAAGAGGAGGAAGAGGACGAUGGGGAAAAACCCAAGAGGAGAGGACCAAAGAAGAAGAAAAUGACCAAGGCAAGGCUGGAGAGGUUCAGGGCUCGGCGGGUGAAGGCCAACGCCCGGGAGAGGACACGGAUGCACGGUCUGAACGACGCCCUGGACAACCUGAGGAGGGUGAUGCCCUGCUACUCCAAAACUCAGAAGCUCUCCAAGAUCGAGACCCUGAGGCUUGCCAGGAACUACAUCUGGGCUCUGUCUGAGGUUCUCGAGACAGGGCAGACUCCCGAAGGGAAGAGCUUCGUGGAGAUGCUCUGCAAGGGCUUGUCCCAGCCCACCAGCAACCUGGUGGCCGGCUGUCUGCAGCUGGGACCUCAGACCUUGUUCCUGGAGAAGCAUGAAGAGAAGUCCCCGGCGUGUGAAUCGGCCAUAACCAACCACUCCUUCAGCUACCAGUCCCCCGGGCUCCCAAGCCCACCCUACGGGACCAUGGAGACCCAUCUGCUGCAUCUAAAGCCUCCGACCUUCAAGAGCUUGGUGGAUGCUUCUUUUGGAACCCAUCCCUCUGACUGCACCACUCCCCCUUAUGAGGGUCCCCUGACGCCUCCCCUGAGCAUCAGUGGGAACUUCUCUUUGAAGCAAGAUGGGUCUCCAGACCUGGAGAAGUCCUACAGCUUCAUGGCCCACUAUCCCUCCGUCAGCCUGGCUGGAGCACAUGGACACUCCUCCCACUUCCAAACCACGGUGCCCCGCUACGAGAUCCCCCUAGACAUGAGCUAUGACUCCUACCCACACCCCGUGGCCGGGCCUCAGCUCAACACCAUCUUCAACGACUAAGG